AUGGAUGAUAUUGAAAGCGAAUACAACACUAGUGGUGUGGCCUUCGCACUCAAUAGUAGUCUAUUAGAUUAUCGCAGUCUAGACGGACUAAUAGAGAGUCAAAAUGGUGACAGCAGGGCGCCCACCCCUGACCGAAACGAACGCGCGAGGUCGACAACAAGUCUAGAUCCACAAAGCUUUAUCGAUCAAUUCCAAUGGACCCAAAACAACCUACCGAUUGGAAUAUCAUACAACUCCAGAUCAAGAAUAUCGACGCCAGGUUUCAUGAAAGAGUGGACGGAUAGACCAAUCAAGCGGGAGAAUGAUGAGGACAGCAGGUUCGCCGAUCUCCUCGAAACUUUCUUACGCCUCGAGUUCCGUUCCCCUGUGAACUGCCAAUGUGGUCUGUGUUUGCGACAGACUUCAGGUCACUUUCAGAUAUCCCACACGAUAUCUUCGUCUGGUGCCCGUGCUGCACGCGAGACCUCGAAAAAGAAGAUUUCGCACUUACCCGUACCAGCCAAAUUCCGGUCGAAACAUGCUUUGACUGUAGAGACGGGUAUGCGGAACUGCCGCCAAACCUCGCGAUUUGUUGGAGCGCACAUUCGGAUCAAGAGGGAUGUGGUAGACUUCUUCCCAAAAGUCUUUUUUCAGGAUUUUACGAUCGCGAGACCUACACGGGAAUUUUUUGCCGCGACUGCAGAGCCAUUGGACAAUCUCGAGCAAGACUAG